AUGGCCCCGCCCGCCCCGCAAGUCGCCAUCACGGUACAGUCGCCGCCGAGCGUGUACGCCUUGCCGCCGAGCAAGGAGGCCUCGCCGCUCCUCGAGCGCGCCGACUCGCUCACCGAGACCAUCAACCGCCGCGUGCUCGUUUCGGCGGUUGCCAACUUUAGCACUGCUUACAACCUCGCCAUCAUUGGCAGCGCGGUGCUCCUGGUCAAGGAGACCACGCCCGACAGCGACGUCUCGGCGAUCCCGGCCGUCUCUGCGUGCUCGCUCAUCGGUGCGAUCGUCGGCCAGCUCCUCUUUGGCUACAUUGGUGACGCCCUUGGCCGCCGCAAGGGCAUGAUCCUGACCUUGACGCUGACUGUCAUUGGCGCCAUCAUGAGCGCCAUCCUGCCGUACGAUGGCUCCGUUUACACGAUCCUCGCAGCCUGUCGCUUCCUCCUCGGCAUCGGCGUUGGCGGCGUCUACCCGCUCUCGGCCGCGUCGGCUGCCGAAGGCAGCUCGGACCCGGUCCUCAACAACAAACGCGUCGCCGCAGUCUUUUCGUUCCAAGGCUGGGGCCAGCUCGCGUCGUUCCUCAUGACGUACCUCUUGCUGCAGACGGCGCUCGACCAUGCGAUCGUGUGGCGCGUGCUUCUCGGCGCGGGUGCCAUUCCCGGCCUCGUCGUCUUGCACGAGGCGAUUGUCUCGAAGGAGACGGGCGCGUACUUGCGCAACCAAGCCAACCCGCACAAGAUGAGCGUCUGGACCGCGCUCAAGACGUACGAGCGCCAGUUCAUUGGCACGGCCGUCGGCUGGUUCCUCUUCGACAUUACGUUCUAUGGCAACAUCAUCUUCACGCCCGUGAUCCUCGAAGGCUUGUACGCGGAAGAGGCGUCGACGAUGGUGCAGACGAUCCAGUUCUCCGUGCUCACGUCGGCGAUCGCGCUGCCGGGCUACUACCUCAGCCUCUACAUGAUCGGCCGCAUGGACUUCAAGCACAUCCAAAUGCAAGGCUUUGCCGUCAUGGCCGUCAUCUUCCUCAUAUGGGCCUCUUCUACCACGCACUCCUCCCGCUCAAGUCGCUCCUCUUCGUCAUGUAUGCGCUCACGUUCUUCUUCUCCAACUUUGGCCCGAACGUCAGCACGUUCUCGCUGCCUGCCGAGCUCUUCCCGACCGAAGUCCGCGUCCAGCUCAACGGUAUGUCGGCCGCCGCGGGCAAGCUCGGCGCUGCCGUCGGUGCGUACCUCUACGGGCACAUCCAAGCGGCGUACGGUGUGCCUGCGGUGCUCAUGGUGUCUGGCUUCGUGUCGGUUCUUGGCUUCGCCAUCACUUACGUCUGCAUCCCGUGCAAGCAGUACCGAUGA